AUGACACGUUAUACACGCGAACAGCGCAUAAACACGCGUUGUACAACACACGUGGACCCUAUUCGUAAAUCCUACAAAGACCUUAAGGAUGACCGGGUUGCCCGUGAACACCUAGGCGGUGGCCACGCGUUAGCUACUCGGACUAAUGAUCAGGUUGAUAGAGGUACUACUGCUGCCUCCGAGACCCAGCAACAAGGAGCCGAGGAGGACUUGACGAAUGAUCACCAUGAGUCCGGUUCAAGUUCCCCGGAUGCAAAGAACAUGAACGUCGAAGAGCGACUGAAGAUAAUGGAAGAGGGGGUUGCCCAGAAACCGAAGGCCAAUAAUUCAGUGGCAGUGGCUCUGACCUUGGAAGAGCGAGUCACUAGACUUGAAGAGAUGCUCAAGAAGAAUCUCUGCAUUGGUAAUGAGUCAGAGCAUGGUCCUGAGAGGGCGGGAGCAGUUCUCGGACUGGCCAUGGUACCUGGAACGGGCAUAGCACUUGGACUAGGCAUGGCACUUGGACUGGGCAUGGCACUUGGACUGGGCAUGGCACAUAGUGGAAGCUCACGGGCCCCAGAUCCAAAAGUCUGCGAUGAUGGCAUCAAGCCGCAACACAAUAUUGCUAUUGCUGCAAUUGCUGUUGCCACCUGUACAUUUGUUGUCUUUCUGGGCCAACUCCUCGGGCCAUAUCGUGCGACUGCUGAAGGUUACUGGAGAUGCCAAACUUCCGUCAUGGGACCAUGGGCAAAGCGGACACGCCUGCAAUGGCGAGGGGACCAAUUUCGCUUUGAGACACUCCUCACGACACCUUGGUUAUCCCUCGCAGCAUUCCGUUUUUAUCGAAACCAGCAAAGAUUUACUACAUUCUCCACAGAAGACCAAGUUGAGUGUAUAUCAGGGUCGUCAGCGUUAAUAUCUCGUACCAUGGGUGUCUUCCAGGGCAGAGAGGAGGAAAGUAGCGAUUUGGCAUGCUGGCUACCGCUUCUUGAAAACCCUGAUCACAACGAGUGGAAUUUGCAGAGAUAUAGAUGCUACUAUCCGCAGUCACUACAUGGUAGUGGAAAAGCGCACGGUCAGCUAGUCGGUCCAGCAGUGCGGUUCCAAAAAAUGUCGUGGGACUUCAUGCCGCCUGACAUUGUGCGCCCCCUUGCAAUAACAACUGUUGCCGAUCUCGCGAUAAUAGCUCGGCGGCUUGGAAUGUCGUGGAAAGUAUUCAACCCAGAAGGAGGCAGCAUGAGAGCUGAAGGCAAUGGACACAGCAUUUCCUCUACAUUGGCAGGAUCUAUUGGGCUAGUACUGCAGUACAUCCAUCAUGAAGGUGGCGUGACAUCCUCUGAGAAGUCGAUCUCUCGACAUGUCGAAGAGUUGCCAAAGAGUGAGCUAUACAUUCCAACACGAGAGGCUGAUAUGAUGGGGUUCGGCAUCUUGCCCGGGUGCGACAUUCUUGAUGUCCCAACGUUUAAUGUGGGAACGACGGACGAGGUUUACGCAACCAUGGAUAUUCUAGACAACACCCGAAAUGCCAGUGCGAGAUUGAGGGACCUGAAUUGCCUUCUGGUGGGGAAAUGGGAUGCGCAUUGCAUGUACGGAUUUUCGGAUAUUAUUGCCCUCGCUGCGCCUAUGCUUCGUCGCAGACACAGCACCAUUGUUCGAGUUCCCACGCCAACCGAAUACUGCUCCAGUCUUCUGUCUCACAAAGAGUGUUUUGUUGUGUUUUACAACCGACUCAAAGAGUAUUUGGGCACCCGGUCCGAGGAUAGGUUUGAGCAGGCAAUUUGA